CACUUUGAAAAGACGACAACGAGCAGACAGAUGGCGAGGUGGUGGGUGGACCUUUAAAUAUAUCCUAAGACAAGGAGUGAAGAUUAUGGGUCCUAAACUGGAUGAAUUUGAGGUGCAAUCCACCAUCGGCAGUGGAGCUCAUGGGACAGUGCGGAAGGUGAGGCGUCAGCAAGAUGGGCAGAUCCUUGUGUGGAAGGAGCUCAACUAUGGUGCCAUGAGUGAAGUUGAGAAACAGGGGUUGGUAUUGGAAGUGAAUCUGUUAAGAGAGCUACAUCACCCCAACAUAGUUAAAUUCCUCCAUCACAUAGUGGAGAGACGCUCCACCACACUCUACAUCUUGAUGGAAUAUUGCCCAGGUGGUGACCUAAAGCAUCUCAUUUCCAAAUGUCGUCAGACUUCCACUUUCUUGGAGGAGGGGUUCAUCUGGAGAGUUCUCAAACAGAUAUGUGAAGCUUUAAAAGUCUGUCACACGAGGCAGCUAAGGGGUGGAAGAAUCAUCCUUCACCGAGACAUCAAACCAGCAAAUGUUUUCCUGGAUGCAGAAGGAGAAGUCAAGUUGGGGGACUUUGGCUUGGCCAGAACACUGAACUCUGAGGCCAGCUUUGCUACCACCUUUGUUGGAACACCUUACUACAUGAGCCCUGAAGUGAUAGAAGGUCAGGAAUACAAUGAGAAGUCUGACAUGUGGUCACUGGGAUGUUUGGUGUAUGAGCUGUGUGCCUUACAUCCACCUUUCCAAGCCACCACACACAAGCAACUUGCUGCUAAAAUCAGAGAAGCCAGGUAUGAACGCAUUCCUAUUCAGUACAGCAGUGCACUGCAGGAAGUUUUAGGUCUCCUUCUGACUUAUGAAGAUUUCCUACGACCCACUGCCCUCAUGGUUCUUCACCACUCUGCUGUUGUUGCUCAUACAUCAAGUAAAAAUCAACUUGAUGAUGACCCUCUGUUUCACUCUCUGAGCCACAGUGUCCUUUUAGGUGCUGGAAAAAACACUUCCAAGAAAUCAGAAGUUACAGAGGAUCCUGAGGUAAAGAGGAACAGUGACUCAAAAGAGAGCAGAAAGAUGGAAGUCGAAAAAGAUGGAAAUUGCGAGAAAGUAACUGAAAUUUCAGGGGAAACCAUUUCAACCAAAGAAAACAAUUGUUCUAACAAUAGUAGGAAACUUCAGACAGUGGAAAUAUACAACAAAGAUGAACCACAAAUAAAUAAUUUCAGAGAUCAAACUAUCUCUCCAAUGACUGAAACUUACAGUGUUACUAAAGCAGAAAUUUCAUGUAAGUGUGACAGCAGAGAGAAACAAAGGUCCUCUGUGCAUCAGAAUAAACUAGUCAGUAACCAGAGUGAAGUUCAUGUAUCAGUGAACAACCUACCUCAUGAGAACAAUGUCCAACUUUUGAAGAGAAAAGAACACACAGAAGCUGGGUUAGAGGACACCAUAGAAAAGAUUUGCCGUGCUGCAAAAGAAACUGGACACUUGCCUCACAGAGGAAGUAAAACCCUUGAAGGAACUUGUGAUUUAAAUCUGGCCAAACUAGAAUGUGCUUGUGGAGGCAUGUCAACAAAGGUGUGGCGAGAGCGAUUUUUGGCACUACGAGAAGCUGAGUUGGCAGUCAGGGAGCGUGAAGUGGCUCUAAGGGAAAAAGAACGUGAUGUGAGUCAUCGAGAGCACCGCGUGGCAGCCAUGGAGAAAGAGGCACGUCAGCAUUUAGUGCGUGCUCAGAUUUAUUUGAGACAGUCUAGACCUCGGCAAAAUGCUGCAACAUCACCACAUCGUCCUCCUUCUGAUAUGGACACUACGAUGAGUGCUGACCCUGGUGAUGAUGAUGUCACAACCACCACAAAGCUUGAUCCUCAACGGAUUAGUAAUCCUUUUCUUAAGAUGAGAGGGAUACAACCUCAACCUGAGAAACGAGUGUCCUUUAAAGAAAAACCCAUCAAAUUUAAGAGCAACACACUUGAUAACCCCAAAAGUAGACGAAAAAGAGGCAACAUUUUUAGGUUAGCAGAACCUAAGAAAGAAAAUACAGAUAAAGUUCAUGAUGAGAUUAUCUGUAAAAUUCCUCUUCAAACUCUAUCUAGUAAUGACAUUAGUACACAUCAACAAGGUCAAAAGUUAACCUUGCCAUCUGAUCAAAAGUCACAAGAUUCACCACUUCCACCAGCUUCUCACCUAAAUCCACAAAAGACAAUUUCUGAAACCACAAACAGUCAGAAGUCACUUAUUACUGGUAAUCUCCAAGAGCGACCAAGAAGCACUGAAAGCCUCAACAAGAAGUCGCUAGAAGCUGGGUCAGACAAGGAGAAUGUGGGACGAGGCACAAAACCCAAGAAGGUGCCUGAAAUUAAGCCCGGGUUUUGGAGUAGAAGGCCAGGAAGUAGGGUGGUUGAGCGGACAGGGCGACGAGAACGUGACACGACCAGAUCACAAAAUCCGGUGGUGCGGUUCUAUAAUAUGGUGUGAUAUUUAAUUCUUGUCUGUGUUUAAUAUGUGAUAACAAAAACUCGAGUCAUUGUAGAAUUAGUUUUCAUAAGAGCAAAUACUGCAGUAGGGUGUAUGAAUGAGUUUACAGUAUAUAUCAUGUGUAAUAGUUCCGGUAUUCAAGACAAUGUGAGAGGCAGAUUGUGUUUGUAUCUACUUAUAUAAAAGAUGACAUUUCCUACGACAAGUUGAGCAGCCCCUCCAUUGUGAUACUCUCCUUGUGCACACCUCUUAUGACAUUUUAUUUAUGCCAGUUCCAUAAUAGACCUGAUUAAUCUUUAUAUCCAGCAUUAUCAAUUAACACUUCCAUCCAUCCAAAAAUUAAUGUCUUGUCAAACUGUACCCUGAUAUGGAGGAAGGAGUACAUAGCAAAGGCUUUGUUUGUUUAUUCCAUACCCUUUGUACAGAACAUCUCAAGACUGAAUGAUUGGAUAUUGACUGAAACCACAGAUGGUACAAUUGAAAUACUAAAACUCAUUUGAGGUUCUAAUGUUUUCACAAGAUGUAUGGCUGAAAGAAUGACAAGGUGUUAUGAAGAAGUGGGACAAGAUAAGUUGAAGAUGAUUGAUGUUAAUACAGUACAGUGGAGAGUAGACAGAAUGGCUGGAGAUACUAUUCAGUUGCUAUGGUCUAGUAAUAUGAAGCAGAAUGACUAAUACUUCAUUGGCAAGGUGAAGUUAUGUAUGAAAAUGGGUAGGUUAAUUAUUGCAGUACAGUAUUAUGACUAAGAACUUCCCAAGUUUCAGAUGAACACGAGUGGAUGAUUGAUCUACAGUAUUUAGUUCAUUUUGAGUACAGGUUGGGUAUCCCUUAUCCAAAAUGCUUGGGGCUUUAAGGGUCUUGGAUUUAGGAAAUUUUUAGAUUUUGGAAUACUGUACAAGUACCUAUAUCCUGUAUACUGAACCUGUAGCUCACCCAGCAGGGAUGGGGCCCCAAGUUUACAUGUUUCACUGCCAUUAUCUGAUGAAAGAUCAGCAAAAAUAAUGAAAGUUUUCCAUACUUUAUGCACUACAUCCUUAGUGUUUUCAGAUACAGUAAUUAUUGUCAACCACAACCCCAUAUUCAAAACAUGUUACUAUAGUAGUAAAGGUCUACCUCACCCCCAUCUUAUUCUAUCCAUAGUUCUAGAUUUGUUUCAGUAUUAAAUAUAUAUUGAUGAAAAUACCUCUUAAGAUUGUGGUUGGGAGAAGUUCUUAGAAUUAAUUUUAUGUUUGAUAAUGUGCCUUGUGUUGCAUAGUUUUUACCAUGUAGUGUAUUAUUGAAAGCAGUGUGUGCUACCAGGGUACCUAUUCAGAUUUUAGAAAUGAGUUAAAAUCAAGUAUUUUUGUAUUUAGCCUUUGUUUUUCUUCAAUAUUAAUUACAUUGUUUUAAUUUUACAAGCCAAGCAACUUAUCAUGACUUUCAAUCCUUAUAGUGACUGCAAAUAAUUUUAAAUCACUUGAACAUGGUCGGCUUUUUUAUGACAUGCUCAAAAGUUUUUAAAAUUACUUGACAGUUUAUUACUGUACUUAUAUUCUGAUGGCCAUGUUAAUAUGAAAUACAUAUGACUACAUUAUUAUAAGUUAUUUCUUGUG